UCUUGUCUGCCGUCGCUUUCCGGUUAUAGAUGACUUAAAUUACUUAUUGACCGCUACUAAUAACUUCUCUAUUUUAUUUAUUUUGCAUAUUAGCUUUGUUUCGAGUCAAGAUUUUAAACUUUGACCAAAUUUAUAUAAAAUUUUAUUAACAUCCACAAUAUGUGUUCAUUUUAUAUAUAUUUGUUAUUGUGAAAGUUUAGAUUAAUUUUGAUAAUUAUUUAUAAAAUUUGACUUAGGUCACAAUUGGAGUAAAUAAAAACGAAGGUAGCACAGAUUAAUUAGAUUAUCCCCAGAAACCUGUCCCGUUGUGCCCUGUGCGAACUCAUCUAGGGUUCCUUGCCUCUCGCCGGUGCCGCCACGAGUCCGCCUUGUUUUAUAUGAUCUUUGGACCAUGGAGACGCGAUGGAUCCCGACCCUUACCGGCGGAGGGUUUCGUUUUUAGAUACUUUUCUGAGUUUUGUUAGGGUUCGUGCCAUGCUCUGGAAGAUGAGCGGCGGCGACUUCUUAAAGAUGGAAUGUGUACUCGACUUCGACGAGGGAGGGGCGAUGAUGGUGACGGCCUUAGCUCGCUUCAGUGUUGUAGCUGCCGCUAGGUGGUCUACAGACCUGGUUGUAAAAUUUACUUCUAGAGUUCUUUGUACUAUCUUAACAGUUGAUGAAAAGAUUAGAAGUUUUCUUGAAAGAAUUAAAUUAUCUCUGAAAAAAGAUUAAUUAGAUUUCUCAAUCCUUCUGCCUAAUUCCUCAAAAAAAAAUCCUUCAGCCUAAUUAGACGGUUCUUUGACUUUUCAACCCAUGCGCGGGGCCAUGCCGACCACACCUCUAGCCAGAUCGCGCUUUCUUGACCGUGUGAAAGAGCAACGUGACGUGAGGUGCUGUGGUGCCAAAAGAUGACAAUGACGGCGCUGGAAGUUUCGUACUUGUGCAGUGUGCACCCAACAGUUGCCUCGCUAAUGGUUUCUUCGAUCUAAAGAACAUUGAACAACGUUUUCCCCGCAAAAAAAAAGAACAUUGAACAACGUUUGGGCUGAUAUCUAUAUCUAUAUAUGAAUAUAAAGACGCAGUACUAAUUUUCAUCAGAUGAUAAUUAACAAAGUCUCAUCAAAUUCUUACACCGUUUAAUUAAUUAAAAUAUCACACAAAUAUUCACGUAAAUUAAAUGUUUUAUGAGUUAUACGAGAUUUAGUUAAUUUUCAUCUAGAUGAGAACUAGUCACACUCGUAUGAAGAGACUUAAAACGGACAAAUCCAGCUAAUCUCGGUUAUUAAAUCGGGUCAAUCUAACGACUUAAAUUGCUUCAAUGGUAAGCGCUCAAUAUAUUUAGCAUGCAAUUAAUUACAUAUCAAAUAUUUGAUGCCAUUGCUAAUCACAUAAUUAACACGCAAAUAAUAUCCUACUACAAUGAUAUCUAUUUGUAAUUAAUAUGAGCUAAAUUAAUAUUUGUCUAAUACUAUGUUUUUAAGGCGGUAAAGCGUCAUAAGGCGGAGGAGGGCCGCUCUGACGCCUAAGCGCCAAGGCGAGGCGGUAAGGCGAGGCAAGGCGACGCCUUAAACAUUGCAGGAAAAGAGUCAUCAAUAGGUCUGCACAUAUUAAUACUAGAAAAAGAGCAAUGGCUGAGAGAUGGGCCACUACUUAUGCACCUCCCAGUGGCCCAAAAGCCCAUCUAGUGGCCAUAUACACCCCCGUGACCUAAUUCCACUAUCUCCUUCCCUUCUUUCCCACCACAGCCGCCACGAAGCCAUACCCUUCUGGUCCUCCCUGCCUCCUCUUCAUGGCCCCACCCUUCUCCCUCACAGCAGCAAGCCCCAGGAGCCCCCAGUCCUCCCUCCUCUUCAUGGUGCCGGGAGACAGCGGGGCCGUCAUCUCCAAGCCCCAGGAGCAGCCAGAACUAGGGCAGCCGCAGCCGUACACUUCAUGUCUGUCUAAGGCGGGGUAGACGCCUUGCCAUCCUGGGGCGCCUUGACGCUUAGGCGACGACUAGGCGACGCUUAGGCGACGCCUUAAAAACAUAGGUCUAAUAUCGAGGUGCAUUGCAUUCGUACACAUUUACUAGUUCAGAGAAAUGUGUAUUUUCAAGUAUUGCUUCUCAAUGAAACAAUAAUCAUCGUCAAAGGGAAGAAAUAGUCUCGUUUAUAAGAAAACAAACAAAAGUUCAUAGUACAUGGCUUAUCACUAAACUAAAACAUGGUAAGGGCCUCUUUUUGUGAAUUGCAGAAUUUGUAAAGCGUAAGAAUAGAAAAAACAGAGGAAUAGAGUGGCAUGCCAUUUUCAAUAUUGCAGGAUUAGUAUAAGUGUUUCAAUGUGCGCAUGAAAAAUAUAGGAUUCUUCAAAUGAGACUGGAGUGGAAAAAAUUCACGCUGGAAACAAUCCUAAGGAUUAGAAUAUGUUGACAACACACAAGCUGGCUUAGCUAAACUGUACCUAGAACACCACCAAACUGGCAAACAGGCUACCUCAAACAGUAGGCGAUCAACCAUAUUAAAAAGUACAUAUACGACAUUCUUAAAGGGUUCUUUUUUCCUUUUAAGACGAAAGGGACAACCUUUUUGUAAGUUGCUUUCAAAUAAAUUUGACUUUAAAAAAGGCGCCUUCUUCCUUUUGCUAGUUGUCCCCUUCCUCCCACCACCCUCUAACGCCGCUUGUCGUCGUGCAAUCCUCGCUGCCCUGCCUACUCCAAGCCACUACAUAUGUCCGUACAUCGUUGUAUGUGACCACUCCUCAAACCACGCUAUCUUUUUAAGCUUCGAUGAGCAUUUCUUUCAGAACCACACUUGAACCAGUCAACCUUGAAACCCUCCUUCCCUCUACCAAUGACGUCGUUGUUGUGUUGUCCCUGGCGUGGUUUUGUCGUCGCUUAGCGCACCGCCCCCGCCUCCACCUCGAGGUUGUGCUCUUCGAAAAUAUAUUGACACAAGUUGCAAAUUCAGGCAGCUUAGGGCAUCUCCAACAGCAACCCGUAACUUCCUCCCGCAUCUGUCCACGGACAGGGUUGCCAGUCCGCGGACACGGAUACGGAAGGCCACCAUCCAACGUUGUCCGCAUACAUUUAAACCCGUAUUUUAAUUAAUCAGACAAAAAUCAUGCAAACCUGACGAUAUUCAUCAAAGUUCAGAUAGGACAUAACAUGCAACUUAAAUCUAGUACAACGAUGUCUCUAAUUCAACUAGAUUAACCGGUUCUCCAACAAGUUUUUCAUCAACGGAUCAUAUCGUCCCGCACAUAAUCCUCCUUUAGUUUCAUCCAACAAUCUGUGUACGUAAAUCACCAUCCCUCUGUCCUGUGAUACAUCACGACUGUGUGUGCGGGCUACAUAUGUGUAGACCAACAUUGAGUGAAUGAAUUAUUUAAACAAGUUGAGCAAGAUGAAGCAAAACUUAUCAUCUCCUCCUCUGCCGCGUGCAAUGGCCACCUUGCCUCCAGCUGACGAACUACUUGACAAAACUUGGUGACAUUGGUCUGGAUAACAUACUAGUGAUACAGUAACGAUCUCACAUUGUGUUGUUAAAUGAUGUACAUGUCGUAAGGCGCAUUGUGCUUUCGUGCGUGAAACGAUUCAUGUACUUGCUACCAAAAUGUCCCCCCUCUCCUGCCUACGAAAUCCGUGAAUACGGCCAACCACGCAUCACACUACAACUCAUCCUUCAUGGGCGAAUAGCUCGUCAUUAUUCAUACUCUAAAAACGACAUACCGUUCAAAAAUAAGCUCAAUGGCCUUUAACCGAACACUUGUUGAGCGUGGUGUCUGUCAUGGCGGGCGUGGACAGGGGGCGGAGUGUACCUGGAUACAAACGGCUCUAGGGUGGACAGCGCCGUCAUAAAGACGAGCGGACACGUCGAUGCUGGUUGCGGACUUCCCGCGAUGCCUAUGUGGCGGGCGAAGACGUACAUUGACGGUGGCGGAGGUGAACGGUGCGGAUGCAAAGUAAGGAGAGAAGGGACGUAGUCAAAGAAAAUGGGAUCGGAAGGGGGAUUGGGUGGGCCGUGGUGUCGGAGUCCUAUGUAACUGCUGUCCGGACUCCUGCAACCCUCCUCCGUCUUCAAUUUAUGGGAAAAAACACGUUCGAAUUAUCCUACAGACUGAUACGGGCUUAAAUUGGAUUGCUUCCACGAUCCAGAUCUAUGCGGGCGAGUGUUGGAGAUACCCUUACCAAUAGCAGACGCGGCCUCUUAGACACGUACUAGUGGGGCAAAAGAGAAAUAGACUGUUCCCGAAGGGGCACGAAUGCAACUUGCGUCCAAAUUAAAUCCUUGGAUUUGAUGACUUGCGUCACUCACUGCUCCGUUUUUGCGCCUUCAAUUUUCUAUUCGUUUCGUUUGUGGGAGGAGACUUUUGCGCCUUCAUCCAUUUUAUCCGUUCUCCCGUUUUCUUCUUUCUCCUCUUCUGCCCGACCUAAACGAUUGAUCAAUUCCCUCUGAGAAAGAAAGCAAUUGCCUAAUUUUCCCGUCUGCUGAGGAAAUCCGUGCUGUCCUGGCGACCUAAAGUCUCCCCCGCGGCGGCUGGGGGUUGGGGAUUUGCCAAAUUUCUUGAUUCAGCCCUAUUGUUGGGGCUGCCGAGGCCGGAUUAUGAGAUGGGCUUCUUGUCGUGCCUAUUCCGGUGCCCCGAGGAGGAGGAGCGGGUGGUGAAGGAGCACGAUGACGACGAGGACUCCGGCGGAAUCGACCAUGGAGUCGCCUCAGAGUCAUCAGAAAGUGCCCCACUGAAGACUGAAUCCGCACAUAUGGAAGGAAUCCAGAGAAAUGGCACACAUAAUGAGGCGACGAUCUUCACUUUGCGUGAGCUUGUUGAUGCUACCAAAAACUUCAGCAAGGAUUUUCAGUUGGGGCGAGGAGGAUUUGGUUGUGUGUAUAAAGCAUAUCUGAAUGAUGGUCAGGUUGUUGCAGUCAAACAACUUGAUCUAAAUGGGCUUCAGGGGAACCGAGAAUUCCUUGUGGAGGUUCUCAUGCUCAACCUCUUGCAUCACCCUAACCUUGUCAAUUUGAUAGGGUACUGUGUUGACGGUGAUCAACGCUUGCUUGUUUAUGAAUAUAUGCCAUUGGGAUCACUAGAAGACCAUCUACACGACCUUCCACCCAAUAAAGAACCUCUAGAUUGGACAACACGGAUGAAGAUAGCUGCUGGCGCAGCUGCUGGUUUGGAAUACCUACAUGAUAAGGCAAAUCCACCAGUUAUUUACCGAGAUAUUAAGCCAUCAAACAUUCUUCUUUCUGAAGGGUAUCAUGCGAAGUUGUCCGACUUUGGACUUGCUAAACUUGGUCCUGUGGGUGAUAAGACUCAUGUGACAACCCGUGUCAUGGGGACUUAUGGCUAUUGUGCUCCUGAGUACGCCGCGACUGGACAGCUAACGGUUAAGUCUGACAUCUAUAGUUUUGGUGUGGUGUUCCUCGAGCUAAUUACAGGACGAAGGGCACUCGAUAGCAAUCGGCCUCGUGAGGAACAGGACUUGGUCUCAUGGGCUCGUCCAUUGUUCAAAGACCAAAGGAAAUUUCCAAAGAUGGCUGAUCCUUUGUUGCGUGGCCGCUUUCCAAAGAGGGAUUUGUACCAGGCCUUGGCUAUUGCAGCGAUGUGUUUGCAGGAGAAGUCAAGGAAUCGCCCUCUGAUUAGGGAAGUUGCUGCUGCUCUCUCCUAUUUGUCAUCACAAACAUACGAUGGGAAUGACGCUGCUGUUCGCCGUUACCUUGAUGGCCCUUCAGCAUCAAAAGUGUCAGACGAUCAGGUUAACCAAGAUGAUGCUUUGGCUAGUCAACAUGGAGCUCAAACGUCGAUGCAUGACCGUAUGAAUGACUUCGUCCCAGAAGGAAAAGAACAUUGCAGGAGUGGCUCCAACCGUGGAGGACGGGGCAGGGUUGUUCCAAACGGUGUCGACAGAGACCGCGCACUUGCAGAUGCGAAUGUCUGGGCCGAGGCUUGGAGACGCCAUGAGAAGGCAAGCAAAGUGCGUGUAACCGAUGAAAUCCUCGGAUAGUGAGCUGAGCUCUGCUUGAUGUUUUGGCAUGCUGGCGAUUUUGAAGAGAGCGUUGUUAGGAGAGGAGGAAUAAUGCGCAGCGAGGUGUGUAGUACUGCACCACCAGAGUGAGCGCUCGCAAGGUUUCACCGGUGGAGCCUGUCACUGUCACGUCCACCAUCGUUUCGCUGCAUACAUUACACGGUCUGAAUUUCACAUGUAGGUAUUGUUUCAGGGGCUUUGUAAAUAAAUGUAAUAACCCCCUUAAUUGAUGGAUCAGUGUGUACAACCCUUUUCUCAGUACAUUGUUGGCUCUGGAUGCAGCCAGAGUUUUGUGUCCAUGUAGAUGAAAUGGCAACGUCUUUCAGCAUAUACAUUUCGGUCCAGGUCCUAUUCCUUUU